GAAAUAGUCAGAGCUACAUUUAAUAUUGAAUUACAACCGAAUGAAAGGACGCCUGCUUCCAUCUACACGUACACAGAGACAGUAAACAACACGUUACUACAAAGGAGCCGUUGUCAAGCUGUGCGUGUGUGCGUUUUUCCCUUCGUGGAAAGUCCAGUUCGGUUUUUAUGUGAAGCUCCAGAAAUCUCUGAAAUGUGUUUGCAUGUACUUCCCGAGCUAGCGGGGAUGUAGAGGUAGGGUUGCUGGACUCGGAAGGUUGGAACCCACUCGCUUGCCUACAAGAAGUGCGUUUUACAUUCAUUUAUCAUUCCGAUGUGCUCGCUUUUAUUUUGGGCGAGAGUUUCAAUAUUUCUGGUGGGUGAGAAUGUGUUUUUUACCUUUCUUUUUGACAUCAAUCUCCGUAGCUGCAGCUGUGUGAAGCUGGCUGGACUGGCAGAUCCCUCCCCUUCGGCUGCAUUGCUUUUGCAUAAAGGACGCCGAUUAUGUCAGCAAUCUGAACUGCAGUCCAAGGCUGUUGGGAUAAAAGACUGACUUUUGGAGCCAUUGUUUUACCUGCUAGCUGAAUUCCUCGCCCUGUGUGUAAUAACAUGUCUAGCGGCCAUCAGGAAGGAACCAGCAAACCCGAUGCCCUGGAUAACAGUGACGACGCUCAGCCCACUGUCACCGAGAGGAGAAACAAGAGCGGCAUCAUCAGCGAGCCUCUCAGUAAAAGUCUGAAGAAGUCUCGUGCUUUGUCACAGUACUCCACCGUCAGCAGUGCUAGCUCUGUAAAUGGACAAUUACACAAAGGAAGCAAUGUGGAGAAAAGCAACACUACCUCCACAACACAAAAAAACAUUGCGCAAGUGUUGAACAAAUUAGAAAGGGCUUCCGAAAUCACAGAAGGACAGAAUGGGUUACACUUCUCCCAGGCAGCUGAGCUGCUGAAACGGGCAGGGGCAGAACAUGUGCUUCUUCCGAGCAACCAGGGGCCUGGGAUCAGUGACAUCGAGGCCGUCUCGGCCACAGAAGCCAUGAAUAGCCCUGCCGACUUCCCCUACAUGGGGGGCUUUCCCUUCAACCCCGGUCUUUUCAUCAUGACCCCUGCCGGGGUGUUUCUGGCAGACAGUGCACUGCACAUGGCGAGCUUGGCAGAGUAUCCCAUGCAGAAUGAAUUGGCAUCUGCCAUUAAUUCUGGGAAAAAGAAAAGGAAAAGAUGUGGGAUGUGCCCUCCCUGUCGCAGGCGGAUAAAUUGCGAGCAGUGCAGCAGUUGUCGGAAUCGCAAAACAGGCCACCAGAUUUGCAAAUUCCGAAAAUGCGAGGAACUUAAAAAGAAGCCUUCAGCUGCCCUGGAGGUGAUGCUGCCGACAGGAGCAGCGUUCCGCUGGUUCCAGUAGAAGGAUCAAUCCCAAAGCUUUGUCAUCAAGUGCAUUGCCACCGCUUGCUUGUAUUGUCUCAAGCAAAGGAUAUUUGGCUGAGAAACUAAUGGAUGCACCUACUUUUCCUGAACCAAAAAUAAACAAAAGUCUAUGGCAACUUUCAUUCCUUUUUUAUAUGUUCUGUUUGGUACCUUUUGUCCUUUUUCAGCAGAUUUAGGUGAUUCUUACAUUGAUAAAUACAUUGCCAAACUGAGAAAUACCAGACUGAGUAUGGACAAUCAAAUCAUUUCUGUGUUUGGUGUUAAUGUUGUUUGUGUGGAAAUAAAACUGUACUUGUUUAGAGAAUGUACAUUUACAGCUAUAUUUUAAAACUAGUGGCUAAUGACAAGCACUAUUGUAAUUUAGCACCAUUGUUACUACUUACCACAUGUUCUGUAUUUCUGAAUUGUCCUUUUUUUGUCAUAAAUCUCUAGUUUUUAAAUGGCUCAAAUGUUUGUAAUUAAAAGAAAAACGAAAAAGAUGUAGUAUCCCUUUUUCUGAUAUAAAAAAGAAAUGUUAGUUUCACUUCUUUACUCUUGUGUUCACACAGCCAGAGGUAUCUGUUUUGAAGGGGUUGCUGGAAACUUUUAUUACUCAAAUGUUUUUUUUAUUUUAUUUUGUGAAAUUGACAAGUCCUUUUUUAAAGUGUAUUGCAUCACCAAGAAGAAUGUUCAGUUGUAUCUGUAGACAGAACUUUUAUAAAUAUUGAUAAAGAUGCAUUAAAAACCAGACCCAGCUUUGCUAUACCCACAGCAGCUGGGACCCCAGUCCUCUCGUUCAUACAGUAAACUACAUCUUUAAACAGUCAUGCCCACACCCAGCUCUGCUAUACCCACAGCAGCUGGGACCCCAGUCCUCUCGUUCAUACAGUAAUCUACAUCUUUAAACAGUCAUGCCCACACCCAGCUCUGCUAUACCCACAGCAGCUGGGACCCCAGUCCUCUCGUUCAUACAGUAAACUACAUCUUUAAACAGUCAUGCCCACACCCAGCUCUGCUAUACCCACAGCAGCUGGGACCCCAGUCCUCUCGUUCAUACAGUAAUCUACAUCUUUAAACAGUCAUGCCCACACCCAGCUCUGCUAUACCCACAGCAGCUGGGACCCCAGUCCUCUCGUUCAUACAGUAAACUACAUCUUUAAACAGUCAUGCCCACACCCAGCUCUGCUAUACCCACAGCAGCUGGGACCCCAGUCCUCUCGUUCAUACAGUAAUCUACAUCUUUAAACAGUCAUGCCCACACCCAGCUCUGCUAUACCCACAGCAGCUGGGACCCCAGUCCUCUCUUCAUACAGUAAUCUACAUCUUUAAACAGUCAUGCCCACACCCAGCUCUGCUAUACCCACAGCAGCUGGGACCCCAGUCCUCUCGUUCAUACAGUAAUCUACAUCUUUAAACAGUCAUGUUUGUAAUAUUUUAGCAGUUUGGACUGUUUUGUGAAUUAAAUGAAUGCAUGUAUUUGUUCAAGAUUUACAGUUUAAAGUGUACGUCUCCUUUUGCAUGCUGUAUUUUUAAAAUACUGUGCAUCAUUUUGAUAAAAACAACGCAGUAUGAAAACAGUCAUGAAAACGUUGGGUUUGUUUUUUUUUGUUUUUUGCUUUGAGGAUCUGGUUCGACUUUACUUUGGUGAUUUAAGGUGGUACAGUAAAUACACUAUUAACAUAUGUAAUACUGAAAAUAUUCCUUUGGGUGCUUACUAUAAUUUUAUAUUUUAAUAAUAUAAGAAAUGUGAAAAUAGAUAGGAUGUUUUAAAAACCAUAAUGUGAGUGAGUGAUUGCAAUUUCAUAUCUAUAAAAUAAAAUUUGUUGCAAAAAGUUGCAGUUAACUGUACAUUUUGAUUACCCUGUAUCAUGUUUAAAGUGACUUUAAAACUGUACUAAA